UUUGCGGAUUUCAGAGGGUUCGCAUCACCGGUACGCAGCCACCCGUCGAUGGCGGAAGAGACGACACGCCGGACGCGCCGGCGAAACCAGAUUGUCGACGUCGACUCGAGCGAAGAUGAGGUCAUCGCGGCUCCGCAGCCGCGGAAGCGACUAAAGCCGACCGUCGAGAGCAAGCCCAGCCGCCAGCUCCUCCACCGGCGCAGCGAGCGCGCCCGCGCGGUCGUCACGUACGACGAGUACCUCGAAGCCAACGAGCCGCGCGAGCCCGCAAAGCGCAAAAAUGCCCCCGAGAAGGCGCAGCCGGCCAAGCGUGGCCGUCCGCGCUGCUCGCCGCCGCCCGCGUCGUCGCCCAAGGUCUCGCGUGCCAAGGGCAAAACCAAGGCCAAGGCCAAGGAGAGCUCGUCCGAGUCGGCGUCAGCGUCAGCGUCCGAAGCAUCGGACUCGGAGUCGGACAUCUCGGACGCUAGCUCGACCGAAGGCAAGUCGUCGCCACACGCUGCCGACGCCUCCUCGAGCGACGACAACUUUAUCAUUGACAAGGUGCUGGCUGUCGAGACGCACACCGUGGCCGAGUGGGCGAAGAAGUGCCACGCCAUGCACUCGCACUACAUCACGGCUGGGUCCAUCUUUGUGCCCGACGACGACGACCCGGUGCUGCCGCCGACGGACGAGGUCGAGAAGUUCCUCGUCAAGUGGAAGGACCUCUCGUACCUCCACGUGUGCUGGCAGUCUGAGAAGGAGCUCAUCGAGUACGAGAAGAACGCCAAGGGCAAGGUCCAGCGCUUCCUGGAAAAGCAGGCGCGGGCGCCGCUGAUGGCUGGCGACGAGUACUUCAACCCAGAGUUUUGCACCGUCGACCGCGUGCUCGCGAUCCAGCCGAGCCAAGACGUCGACGAGCCAGGUGCACUCGAGUACUUUGUCAAAUGGAAGGCGCUCGGGUACGAGAGCUGCACGUGGGAGCAAGCCGAGGACUUCCACGACGACCACGCGGUGGCGCUCUACCACGCCUUCAACCGACCGCUGCUACGCGCGCCCAAGGUCCGAAAGGCCUCUAGCUUCCGCCCGUACGGCGACAAGAUCCCCGCGACGUUCAAGGGCGGCAUGAACCUGCGCGAGUACCAAGUCGCGGGUCUCAACUGGCUGCUCUUCAACUGGUACAACGACCGCAACUCGCUGCUCGCCGAUGAAAUGGGGCUUGGCAAAACCGUGCAGACGGUCUCGUACAUCAACCACCUCGUCCAGGUCGAGCAGCGUCGCGGCCCGUACCUCAUCAUUGCGCCGCUGUCGACGCUCGCCCACUGGCAGCGCGAGUUUACCAACUGGACGGACCUCAACGCUGUCGUGUACCAUGGAUCGCACGAUGAGCGCAAGACGAUCGAGCAGUACGAGUUCUACCUCCCGCACCCGCUGGACGACGCGCCCGGCGCCCCGGUGCGCGACAAGAAGACGACCCACUACCGGUUUGAUGUGCUCAUCACGACGUACGAGAUGUGCGUGGCGUCGGACAACAUCACACUGGCGCGCAUCCCGUGGCAGGUCGUCGCGGUCGACGAGGCCCACCGACUGAAGAACCGCAAGUCGAAGCUCGCGUCGAUUCUCUUGGCCAACUUCAAGUUUGGCAACCUCCUCCUUCUGACCGGCACGCCGCUCCAGAACAACGUUGAAGAGCUCUGGACGCUGCUGCAUUUUCUGGACCGGACAAAGUUUGCGUCGUCCGAAGACUUUGUCGAGGCGUACGGCAACCUUGUCGACUCGGACCAGGUCAAGAAGCUGCAGGUUGAGCUCCGGCCGUUCUUGCUCCGGCGCAUGAAGGAGGACGUCGAAACGUCGCUUGCGCCGAAAGAAGAGACCAUCAUCGAAGUCGAGCUCACAGUGCUGCAAAAGCAGUACUACCGUGCGAUUUUCGAACGCAACACCGAGUUCCUCGUGCGCGGCCACACGAAGAAGGCAAAUAUGCCGAGCUUGAUGAACAUUGUCAUGGAGCUCCGCAAGUGCUGCAACCACCCGUUCUUGAUCCUUGGCGCCGAAGCCCGCGAAGUCGCCCGCGUUCAGAAGGAGACGCCGCACGUGACGCCGUCGGAGCUCCAGGAGCUGCUCGUGCAGUCGUGCGGCAAGCUCAUUUUGCUCGAUAAGCUUCUUCCGCGCCUCAAGGAGCAAGGCCACCGCGUGCUCAUCUUUUCGCAGUUCAAGAUCAUGCUCGACAUCCUCGAAGACUACUUGCGGCUUCGUGGGUACGUCAAGGAGCGGAUCGACGGCAGCAUCACGGGCAACGACCGGCAAGCGGCCAUCGAUCGAUUCUGCAACCCCGAGAGUCCAGCGUUCAUCAUGCUGCUCUCGACGCGCGCGGGCGGCGUUGGUAUCAACCUCACGGCCGCCGACACGUGCAUCAUUUACGAUUCGGACUGGAACCCGCAGAACGAUCUGCAGGCGCAAGCACGCUGCCACCGCAUUGGCCAGACCAAGUCGGUCAAGAUCUACCGCCUCUUGACGGCCAAGACGUACGAAGCGCACAUGUUCCACCAAGCGUCCAUGAAGCUCGGGCUCGACCAAGCGGUGCUCGGCGGCAUUCGCCAAGCCAAGGGCAAGGAGCUUCCGGCCGCGUCCAAAGAAGACGUUGAGAAUUUGCUUAAGUUUGGGGCGUACGAGAUGCUCAAGGACGAUGGCGCCGAGGCCAGCAAGCGCUUUAGCGAAGAGUCGGUCGACGACAUUCUGAAGCGGUCGACAACGGUCGUCCACGACCCCAAGACCAAGCCGGACCCGGCCGCGUCGAACGCCAUGUCGAGCUUCUCGAAAGCUACGUUUGUGAGCUCGACGGACCCGAACGAACAAGUCGCGCUGGACGACCCGGACUUUUGGACCAAGGUCAUUGGCCUCAACGCGGUCGAGGAGAGGACCGUAGUCGACAAGACGCCCGAGAAGCGCCGUUGCAAGGGCCGGUUCGCCACGUAUGCCGAAGAAAACUCGGACGGCGAAUUGCCCGGCAGCUCCAAGAAGGCGCGUCGACCGGGCAAGAAGCUCAAGAUGGCCAAUGAAAAGGAAAAUGACGAUGACGCGGCGUAUGUCAUUGAAGACGCAGCACCGAGCUCCGACGACGACGACGAAGAGGACGACGAUGCGCCGAUUGGGCCCAUCAAAGGGCUUCUCCAGAACCCGAACGCACUGCGCACGACGCCCAAGACACAGCCGUUUGCGGCGGCGCUGCUGGCCUUUGGCUAUGGACGCUGGACCAAGAUUCGCAUGGCGAGUCCGACGCUGCAGACGCUCUCGGUCGAGAAGAUCAAGUGCUUUGCCCUCGCGUACGUGGCGCAGCUCGUGCGGACGGCGGCUGAGACGAUCGACCUCCAGACGUAUGCGCAGCGCUACUCGUUCGUGGUGGCGAUUCUCCGCGACUUGCACCUCAAGUCGCACCCGCACGACAAGCACGUUGUGCCGUCGCCGCUCUUUGACAUCAACGCGAUCCCGAUUCCAUCGGACCUCUCGUCCGUCUUGAGCUUUGAGGCGACGUGCAAGCACGCAGUCUCCAAGCUGCAGCAGCUCGAUGUGCUGUACCAACUCGACCAGCUCGUGUCGCGCAAGCUCUCGCCGAUCCUCGAGUUUGUCUCGAUUCUCAACGACAUCCAGACCGCCAACACGUCGCCGCUGCCCGUCGAGACGCCGCCCGAGACCGUCCUCGUGCGCCUCCGUCUCCUCAACGUUGUCCGGACGCUUCCGCCCACGGGGGCGCACAAGGACGCGCCCAACUGGUGGCAGCCGCAAACCGACGACCUCCGCUUGCUUCUCGGGCUCCACCGCGUCGGGUGGCUGCGCGGCAAGAACUCGAUCGCGACGCUCAAGUCGGAUGCGCUCUUGUAUCCUGCAAGUACCCACCCCGGCGCGGCGCCCGACGCCGUUUGGCCGUCGACGACGUUGCUUUUGAAGCGAGCGAAGACGCUCUUGCGUGCGUGGGCCCAAGAUGUGCGCGCGCCGCCGUUCCAAGCGACCGAGGCCGUCGUGCCGUUUGUGCGCAGCUUGAACGUGGCCGACCAGAUGCAGUUCCUCGGGCUCCUCGACCGCCAAGAGCGGUUCAUGACGCUCAUCCUCGAGUACGGCGUGCCCGACGUGCGCACGUGCAUGACCGCGCAAGAACAGCGUGAAAAAUGGCGCUUCUACAUCAACGACCCGAUGAUGAGCGUCCGAUCGCGGGGGCCGACCGAGCUCCUGCACGAAGCCGUGGGGCUCGAGCGUGCAGCGCGGUCGAUUCUCGGGCAGCCGCAUUUUGAGCCAUCGACCGAGCCGUCGAUCCUCGGGGGCACCCAGGACCAAUGGGCGCUCUCGCGCGACCAGGCGCAGGUGCUGGUGAACCGGAUCGAGUUUUUCCGACUGCUCCGGACAGACGUGCUCGUGAUGCGGCCACAGGAUCUGCACAUGGCCAUGAUGAGUGUGACGCGCGCCGCGUCGUACAACAAGGGCCACUUGCCGUCGUGGUGGGUCUCUCCCGACCACGAUAUUUUGCUCAUGCAGGGUGUCGAGUGCUUUGGUCUGGACGACCACGUCAAGGACAUUUGGGCGCUCGACCGGUUCCGCACGUGCAUGCCGCCGGGCGCGCAAGUGCCGUCGGCCAAGUGGGUCGAGACCACCGUGUUGCACUGUGCCAAGGCCGUGCGCGCGAUCACGCAAAUGAAGAAGCUGCACGAAGGCGACCGCCAGCGCAUGGCACACGAGGCCCGCCAGAUGAUGGCGCACGACCCGCACCACAACGCGGACGCGUACACGUUCUUCGUGCUGCAGAAGCACGAAGCCGCCACGUCCGAGGCGAGUGCUUCGGGACCCACCGGCGUCGACCUCGAGCUCGCGGUCGCGGCGCGUGUGGCCCUCGAGAAGCAGCGGCUCGAGACGACGCAGCGCGAGGCCCAGCGAUUGGAGGCCGAAGUGCGCGCCCGUGUGCAGGCUGAAACCCUGCGCCUCGAGGCAGCCCAGCGCGAGACCAAGCGCAUUGAGCUGGAGGUCGCCAUGCGGGUGCAGAGCGAAACGAUGCGUCUCCAAGCCGUCCAGCGGGAGGCCCAGCGCGUCGAGAGCGAAGUGUGGUCCCGGGUCCAAGCCGAGCAAGCGCGGCUGACCGAGCAGCGGUCGACCGUCGUUCCGGCGAGCGGUCGCAAGCCUGUCGCGGCCCGCCGCCCGCCACCCGUGGCGAUCCCCGACGGCCCGGUGCGCGCCGUGCGUGGGCCUGCCGCGUCGCCCGAGACUAUCAUUGUCAAGCCGGCCGUGGUCCAGCCGGUGACGACGCCCAAGGCACCUCAAAUCGACCAUCCGCUGGUGUUGCCUGUCGACAAGUCGCCGGCCGCGCAGUCGACGAUCGAAGCGGCGUUUGCGCGCCAGAAGAAGGCCAUCGACAAGAAGAUCGAGGUCAAGCGCGAAGUGGUUGCCGACGCACCGGCGACCGACGAGAAGCGCACGCGCGCGCGUCAGAAAGCCCGCGCCGACGUGAUCGCGAUCGACGACUCGGACUAGAGCGACGGGUGACAAUGUUG